AUAUAUCGUGUGGGCUCGGAGUAAUACAUAACCAUGUACAUAUGUACAUAAUCCAUCUUUAGACUUGCAAUUAUAUUAUCGUCGUAAGAUAGUCAAUGUUUGAUUUAUUUCACAUUGGAAGUGUAAGUUUAAGUUUAGGAAGAAAGAGAGAGAAAGAGAGAGAAAGUGAGAAAGGGAGAGAGGAAAAGAGGAAGAGCGAGAGAGAGAAAGAGAGAGAGAGAGAGAAAUAGAUAGAGAGAAAUAGAUAGAGAAAAAGAACAAAUUAAUUGAUUUUUCAAAAGAAGAUAGUAUAACCAUGGUGUACUCUUCUGUAAUCUAAUGUCAUUGCAAAAGGACAAUUGCCCUUGGCCAUAGUAUGCAUUAAUUGAAAGAAGAUAAACGUAUAUAAACAGAAAGUGUAGGCGGGGGCGGGGAUUUUAUUAAGAAAAAGAAAAGGAAAAAAAAAAAAGAAAAAGUCCAAGUUUGUGGAUCCAAUCGUACGAAAAUUCGAAGAAGAAAUUUUUUUUCUAAUCUUUUAUCGCGAAUGGAAGAAAAAUGACGAUAUCUGUCGCAUGUUUAUGAAAACAUAAGACAUGGUUUGGAUGUAGUAUAUCCAAUACAUUGGCAAGUAUGUUUAAUGCAGAGCCUGAAUCUGUCUCUGAGGGUUGGCAUACAUACGAAUUACCUAGCACAAUGAUCCCUAAUGCAAGCUCUGGAAUGGACGACGAAGAUCAUUUUUGCAAGCUUAUAUUGUAUAAAGAGAUUAAGGAUUCCAGUAUUUUUCAGAGUUCGUAUAUGGGAUAUUAUAAUACUAGUGCCGAAUUUAUUAUUUCUUCUAUUUAUUGCUAUAAGAUUCAACAGAGCAAGGCUUAAAUUACGUGCAACGAGUAGUCCAAUAUUUUUAGCAUUUUAUGGACUUGUUAUUUGUAACGUCGUUAUAUCAGUAAUACGGUGUGUCGUAUCAAUGACAGUUAACGCUGCAGCUACCGUUGGUGGUAAAGCCGACAAAGUGCUUUGGGUUACGGUUAGAUUUUUUUUAUUAUCUACGGAGAUGAGUGUAGUAAUAUUUGGUUUAGCAUUCGGACAUUUGGAUAGUCGAUCGAGUAUUCGUAGAGUAUUACUCGCCACAUCUUUUAUCGCUUUAGCGUUUACUAUAACUCAAGGGACUUUAGAAUUAGUUUUACCAGAUGACACAUUCCAUAUUCCAAGUAGAGACUUUUAUGUAUUUGGCCAUGGUGGUAUGAUGUUUUGGUUUUGCAGCAGUCUCGUUUUUACUACGAUAUAUCUUUUUAUAUUGAUAUUACCGUGGACACGAUUAAGAGAACGUUUAGCACUUCCGACACGGAAAAGCUUUUACGUUUAUGCUGGCACAUUGGCCACAAUGGAUUUAGUACAAUCAAUUGGUGCAGGUUUUUUAACUUACACACAAAAUCCCGUUGGACUGUGCAUUGUAGAUUUUACUGCAGCAGUCUAUUUAACUCUCUUUACGCCAUUGGUAUAUCACACUUUCCUAUCAGAAUUCCUUGGAGUCUCGCAACCUUCUAUAAUGUUCUCUUACAAAGCACAAGUUGACGAUGCAAUGGACGAAGACACUGUAUCGCUUCCUCAUCAACAAAGUUUCUCAUCGUUAAAAACUGACAGCGAUUACAUCUAUCAGGUCCAUACUCCGUCUAUUCACAUGCCCCUGUAUGAUCCUCAGGCAUCAUCCACUGCAAUGCAUAGGACUUCUCUGUAUUCCUUAACAUCUGCGAAGGAUUCUAAAUAUAAUACUACUAAUCCUUAUGAAUCACAGGUCACAUUACAUAGAUCAUUUGGUAUUAAAAAUUUCGCUAGACGUUUUAGCGCAGAAAAAAGUAUAGAUGAUUUCGCACAUUAUCCUUUAACAAAGUCGGACAGUGUAAGCCAUAUUCAAAAGGGUUCAUUGGAUAUUAAAUUUUAUAAUCCGAUGUUAAAAAAUGAUUUAUCUUAUAAAAUUAAACUCGGCACAGCCAAGAGCGUCUCUAAUUUAAUAUCAUCCGCAAAUACCGCCAGUAAUUUUAUUUAUAAUCCUCGAACGAAUAGCAGCAAUUCGAAUCUUUUUUUUCCAACAAAAAAAAUUCAUUCGGAGAACGCUUUAACAGUUUUUACAUCCUUUGACAAAGAAUCAUCGAAUGAUAUAUCAGUUCGAAAGAACGAAGUAACUGAUAAAUAUUUCAAAUCUUUUUCUGAAAAAUCUUUAGAUAUUUUAGAUUCUCCUCUGUUAGGGGAUGAUAGAUCGCAGAAUAUAUUAAAUAAAGAUAGUUGUAUUAAAAGUAAAAGCGAAAUUAAAUUGGAGGAGGAUAAAGAUUUAGAAUCUAUUCAAGGACAAUCGGAUAACCGAUUGCUCGAUAUUUCGGAUAUUUCGAACGAAAAGAAAAAUCUAAUAUCAGAGACUAUUCCGUUUUCAACGGCUAACAUAAUCAAUAUUAAUUCCAAUGUUUCAAAUGAAAAAGAAUCUGCUGGUUUAAAUCAAUAUUUGUCAUCGUUAACGUCAACCAAAUGUGAGAAACUUAUUAAAAAGCAGUCUGAAUCUUUAUAUACGCAGACAGACUCUUUGUAAAUAACUUAUGUACUAACUUUUAGACGACUAUAUCAGGAUUUUAGUAUAUAGUUUGUAUAUAGUAGUAAAUAAUUUCAUGAUCAUAUAUAUAUAUAUAUAUAUAUAUAUAUAUAUAUGAUCAUAUAUAUAUAUAUAUAUAUAUGUAUAUAUAUAUAUAUAUAUAUAUAUAUAUAUUGAAAUAUCGUAGUAUAAUAGGUUAAUUGGUAAUUAAGUAUAAUAUUAAAAACUAUUAGUAUCAAUGAGAUGUCAAAUGCGUUCGAAAAUUUGUAUACACGUGUGCGUUAUGUAUGUGUGGGGGAUGCGCGUUUCUGUAGAUAUAUAUAUAUAUAUAGCAUGAUUAUAGGAAAUGCUCUUAAUUAAACAAAAUUUAAUGUAGUCUAUAUAUGCACUUGGUUUUAAUUUAUUUAUAUAUGUAUGUAUAUUAUAACUUGGUUAUGCCUUAUUAUUAACACAUUUAUUUUAUUUUGAUGAUGAAACUAUUCGUAUUCAACUAAAGCGAUAUAAUAAAAACAAAUUAGUCGUGUG